CGAUGCCAAUUUCAUGCCUUUCUUCUAUGAAGAACAUGGCCGACAUUUUGAUACCGCUGUCAUGAAGAUUUCCCAGUGACAAAUUCUAACUUUGUAGUUCUUCAUGCACGGUUUUAUGUUCCAAUAACGUUUUGUUUUUAAUUCAAUAGACGGAGUUUAGUGUAAGCUAUUAUUUUUCAAAAAUGGCAGCUGAUCGCGAAAUUGCUGCUGAAGACAGCAUUAGAGUCGUAUGCCGAUUUCGGCCACUCAAUGACUCCGAAGAAAAAGCUGGCUCCAAAUUUAUUGUUAAAUUCCCUUCAGGGCCGGACGAUAAUUGCAUUUCCAUAGGGGGGAAAGUGUAUUUGUUUGACAAAGUGUUCAAACCAAAUGCAACUCAAGAGAAAGUAUACAAUGAAGCUGCUAAGAGCAUUGUAUCUGAUGUACUUGCCGGUUACAAUGGUACCAUAUUUGCCUAUGGCCAGACCAGUUCUGGUAAAACACAUACCAUGGAAGGUGUCAUAGGAGAUCCAGGAAAACAGGGUAUCAUACCAAGGAUAGUCAACGAUAUAUUCAAUCACAUUUAUGCAAUGGAAGAAAACCUUGAGUUCCACAUUAAGGUUUCAUAUUUUGAAAUUUAUAUGGAUAAAAUCAGGGAUCUUUUAGAUGUAUCAAAAGUGAAUCUGAGCGUUCAUGAAGACAAAAACAGAGUUCCAUUCGUCAAAGGUGCUACAGAGAGAUUUGUGUCAAGUCCAGAAGAGGUCUUUGAAGUCAUAGAAGAAGGAAAGUCAAAUAGACAUAUUGCUGUAACAAACAUGAAUGAACACUCAUCUAGAUCCCAUUCAGUCUUCCUCAUAAAUGUCAAACAGGAAAACUUAGAAAAUCAAAAGAAGCUAUCUGGCAAACUCUACCUUGUAGAUUUAGCUGGAUCUGAAAAGGUAUCAAAAACUGGUGCUGAAGGUACGGUGCUUGAUGAAGCAAAGAAUAUUAAUAAAUCACUGUCGGCGUUGGGUAAUGUAAUUUCUGCACUAGCGGACGGUAAUAAAUCACACAUACCAUACAGAGAUUCCAAAUUGACCCGUAUCCUACAAGAAUCUCUUGGUGGUAAUGCCAGGACCACUAUUGUCAUCUGUUGUUCUCCGGCUUCAUUCAAUGAAAGUGAAACUAAGAGUACUCUGGACUUUGGUAAAAGAGCCAAGACUGUUAAGAAUGUUGUAUGUGUCAACGAGGAACUCACAGCUGAAGAAUGGAAGCGCCGCUAUGAGAGAGAGAAGGAGAAGGUGGCUCGGCUGAAAGGAAAGGUUGAGAAAUUGGAAGCUGAGGUUAACCGCUGGAGGUCCGGAGAGACUGUCCGUCCUGAGGAACAAGUCAAUCUGGUUGAGAUUGAAGCAGUCACACCAGUUACAUCCUUCAUUGAAGAGAAGCCACCGGCAGCACCGGUGCCCGUGGCUGUAUCAAGCGCUGUCGAGGACGUCGCCAUGCAGGCUAAGCUGGAAGCGCUGUAUCAACAGCUGGACGACAAGGACGAGGAGAUCAACCAGCACUCGCAGCUGGUGGAGAAGCUCAAGGAGCAGAUGAUGGAACAGGAGGAACUGAUCGCGUGCACUCGCCGCGACUACGAAGCUCUGCAAGGAGACAUGAAUCGCAUCCAGCAAGAGAACGAGGCGGCCAAGGAAGAGGUGAAGGAAGUGCUACAAGCGCUGGAGGAGCUGGCCGUCAACUACGACCAGAAGUCGCAGGAAGUUGAUAGCAAGAGCCGGGAAUGUGAUCAGCUGUCUGAAGACCUGCAGACUAAGCAGAGCGCCCUCGCGACUGCUACAGCUGAGCUGCAACAGCUGCGUGAUCUAUCGGCUCAUCAACGAAAACGUAUCGCUGAACUUCUCACAAAUCUGCUGCGAGACCUGGCCGAGAUAGGCGCUGCGGUUGGCGGCUCAGAACUAGACUUCAAACUGAACGUGGACACGGUCGGGAAGCUCGAGGAGGAGUUCACGGUAGCUCGUCUUCACAUCAGCAAGAUGAAGAGCGAGGUGAAGAACAUCGUGCAGCGCUGUCACUCGCUGGAGUCGGCUAACAUCGACGCCAACAAGAAGAUCGAGGAGUAUGAGAGGUCGUUGGGCGAAUGUCGUCUGCUGAUCUCACAGCACGAAGCACGUUGUGCUUCACUCGCCGAGUCCAUGCGUGAGGCGGAGAAUAAGAAACGACAACUGGAGGAGGCGGCUGACGCCCUCAGGGAGGAGUGCGCCCGUCUUCAGGCGGCGGAGCGCGUGCAGCUGGCGGCAGCCGAACAACGUGCCGAUACCCAGGUCCGUGCAGCACUGGAGGCACAGCUGGAACAGCUGCGCACUUCACACGCCACACAGCUGGCGGCGCUCAGAGACGAGCUGGCCGCGCUGCAGAGACACCACCAGGAACUCAAGGAUUCAUACCAAGAGCUGACCCUUGCCCGCCAACAACUGCAGGACGACUACGAAAAGCUGAAGCGCGAGGAGGCCGACAAGUCCGCCAAGCUGAAGGAGCUAAUUCAAAGUGUGGAGCGACGCGAGCAAGCCCGCGCAGAUCUCAAAGGUUUGGAAGACACCGUGGCUAAAGAGUUACAAACGCUUCAUAACCUGCGAAAGCUGUUCGUACAGGAUCUGCAGGCAAGAAUAAAGAAAUCCACGAACUCCGAGGAAGGCGCGGAAGAAGAAGGCGGUUCCCUCGCACAGAAACAGAAGAUUUCCUUCUUAGAGAACAACCUCGAGCAGCUCACAAAGGUGCACAAGCAACUCGUGAGGGACAAUGCCGACCUGCGUUGCGAGCUGCCUAAGUUAGAGAAGCGAUUACGAGCCACCAUGGAACGAGUCAAGGCGCUGGAGACGGCACUCAAGGAAGCUAAAGAGGGAGCUAUGCGAGACCGCAAGAGAUACCAGUUCGAAGUCGACAGGAUCAAGGAGGCGGUGCGCGCUAAGAACCUCGCCCGGAGAGGAGUACAGGCUCAGAUCGCAAAACCGAUCCGGGCCGGUGGCGGUCACCUGGCGGGAAGCGGCGCGGCCGGUGUUGUGCGACCCGCUCCCCAGGACAUUAAGAGGAAGUCGAUCGUGGUUGGCGCAAGAGAUGAGAGUUGAAGAGAUAGCAAUAAUUGCAUAGUGAAUCUAAAUGAACAUAGAUGUACCUAGAGAAUAAGGCGGCAAAAUCAUUCUUGAAAAAUAUAUCCAUAAUAUAAUUCUACUUAUAUGUUUAUGAAAAGCCUAAUAUUAGCUACAACAAAAAUAUAUAUCGUAGUUCUCUUAGACUCGUUUGAACGAAGUUGUAUGUCUUGUCUAUUGUAUGAAGCAAAAUGUUCAUUAGUGAUGUUCUAAUUACGUACUAACAUAUGUCAACUUUGUUCUCUCUCGUCUCUAGGCUUAAAGUUUCGAGCUGUCUAAUAUUAUGUCAAUAAGUGCACAUGUAUUUAAAGAGUUAUAGCUUCUAGCAAUGUCUGUGUCUAUACUGAUCCGCUAUGUACCAGGACUGGAUCCUAAUUUAGUGUUUUAUCAUGAACUUGCGAUAUAUUCAUGGAAUUUCAAGAAUAACAAAUUUUCCCCGUUAAGUUUACGUUGGGAAUGUUUAACAUUAAAAAAAGGAUAUGAUAAGAAAUAAUAAAUGAAAAUAUUUUUGUAAGCUAUAUUAUUGUUCAAUGAUUUGAAUCUAUCUUCUCUUCCUCUUGAAAUAAAGUUUUAUGUAGCAAAGGGUAACAUAUUAAAUAAUUCGAUAAAGCUGUUUGAAGACGUAAAUAUUUCCAACGUUGUAAGCUUAAAAUAGUGCUAAAUUGUAUAGACACAGUAUAGAAAAAGAAACAUUCUGGUUAAUAAUAAGAUUUUCCUAAAAGAAAGUAUUAUUUUACUCGGAUCCGACGCUUGAACUUUUGAUGUUGCUUUUCAUGGUAUAUCAAUUGUAGAAUAUUAUUUUAACGAUAUGACAAUUAUUAAGUUCCAUUGUGGAAUGCUUAUUACGAUGUCGUGCUAAAGUCAAUAUCCUCAUAUAAAUAUCUGUUUAGAAGAAAUGGUUUAACAUGAACUGUGAGUAAUGAAAGUAGAUAUGUCAGUCACCUGGACACAGGCGGCCGACAUCUACCCUACAGCUGAUUCUUCUAUUGGAUAUGAUGGAUUUUUUUUUGCAAUAUGUCAGUAUGUAUAAGAAUAUGCCGUGAGUUACUCGCAAAAACUUGCAUAUGCUACCGCACAAAUGAAAAAUAUAAAAAAAAAAUAAUAACUUAAAAUCAUAAUAAAAAUAUCACAUUAACCUCAUAGGUGUCGCUAUGCAAGUGUGGUGGCAAAUGCAUCCCGGAGUGCAUCUUGAAUGUGUAGUUUAGAUUAAGCUUCUUUUAAUAUAUAUUUUUAUAUAUUGUGAUAAGAUUGUUAUGCCGACAUGCGAGCAUUUAAUAAGUUAAAUAAAAUGAUGACUCAUCGAUGUGGUAAGGUGUCGUGUGUAACCAACGAUUUGUGAAACAACCAACAAACCAUAUUAUUUGAAAUGAAGGGCCCGACAGCAUUGGUCUUCCGAGCGUUUGUACCUUGGCGACUUGCUGCAACGAGCAAGUUCACAGCUAUUAGGUACUGUUAGCGCCAGACGGUUUAACGAAAAAUUUAGUGGGUGAUUUUUAUAUUCUAACACGGAAUAUGAAAAUCUCUUUCAACUAAUACAAAAUACUUUUUCCCUGGUAAAUAAUUAAUGUAAUAAACCAAUGCACGACUAAUUAACGUGACGUACAUUUUUCCAGAUAAAGCAGCGGUCACACCUUACGAUAUAUUAUUAUGAUUGUUCACCUUAUCGUCAGCCAUCAUCAUCAUUGUCUUGUGUUAUUGCACCUUAGCUUUUGAGCUGUGAUUUUUAGUGAAAGUCCGAAACGAGUCUGCACGGUUGUAAUCGUAGUCACUUAUUUAUAAAUUUUUCUAAUAAAAGUCUUCGUUUAAGUAGUGAACGUAUAUUGCAACUUAAUAGUUAUCGACGAUUCAUUAUUACCGCUUUUGAAAAUGAAUACAAUUAAAAUCAAUAAGCGCACCUUCGUAUUUGGUUAAUGUUCUCUAUUUGCUCUUAAGAUGCAUUGAUAUGUCAGUAGAUCUGUAACUUAUGUAAGUACUUAUGGGAUAAUCACGUUUAAACAGCGUGGGCUUCAAAAAUAUUUGUAUUGUCUCAAUGUCGAAAUGAAUCGGGCCUGCGCUGCGUCCUCUGAGGAGUUUUGGAACUAUGAUAGACAUGUUUCAGAGACCAAAGACAAAUUACAACAGUUAUAUGUAUUGGAGCGAAGCGUUACCACCAUCAGUUUAACGAAUAGUUUCCAAUAACGACUCGUUCCAAAGCUCCUUGAUGUGUUGCAAUACUUUUAUAUCGUUUAGGUGUAAAGAUGUAGUAAAUUAUUUCAUACUUAAGUUAGAUACUGGAUUUUUAUUUUCUAUUUAUUAUAUUACAUAAACAUAAACUGUCAUUUUUUUUUCUAACUAGAAGUGUAUUACGCUUUUUACAUGCAUAUAUGCGUUAUUUUAUAAUCAUGAUCAAAUACAUAUUUUUUCAUUCGGAUGGGUGAUGCCUACUAUAAAUGUAUUCCACGCGAGAAACCAUUACCUUAUUAUUUGUAAGUAACUGUUUUUUUGUUAUGAAUAGAUAAAAUGAGGCUAAUAUCCUCGGUUUCACUCGCCUGUUGCAUAGAUAGCUCAAAGUAUGGUCGGGGCGACGUUGACCCAAACCGACAGGCUUGCCUUUGCACCAAGUGAUUUAGUUUGUAUUGACAUCUUUUGUAUGAUGUAUUUAAUAUAUAGAAAAUUCUCAAAACGAGUGUUUUCUGGAUUUUUAUUUAUUAUAAAAAUAAAAUUAUGAAUUUAAUUUGCUA